GUAGUAAUGUUGACAUCCAGUCAAAAGACGCCCUCACUAACUCUUCCAUUAUGGCUUUUCUUCACAGGGUCGAUGUUUAGGGCUUCACUUGUUUGACAUUCACCCAGCGACAGAAUGAUCGAAGAAGGCAGCAAACGAGGCAAGGCCAUGGUGGAGAAGAGACAGCUCUUCAUGGAAAUGAGAGCUCAAAACUUCGAUGUCAUCAGACUGUCGACUUACAGGACGGCCUGCAAACUGCGGUUUGUGCAGAAGAGAUGCAACCUUCAUCUGGUGGAUGUCUGGAACAUGAUUGAAGCCUUUCGUGACAACGGGCUCAACACGUUGGACCACAACGCUGAGAUCAACGUGUCGCGUCUGGAGACUAUCCUGUCUUCCAUCUACUACCAGCUCAACAAGCGGCUGCCCACCACCCACCAGAUCAACGUGGAGCAGUCCAUCGGGCUGCUGCUCAACUUCAUGGUGGCCACCUACGACAGUGAAAGCCAUGGGAAGCUGACCGUUUUCUCAAUGAAAUCCAUGCUGUCAACAAUGUGUGGAGGGAAAAUUGUGGACAAACUACGUUAUAUUUUCUCCCAGAUAUCAGACUCAAGUGGAAUCAUGAUGUUUGCAAAGUUUGAUCAGUUUCUUCGAGAGGUGCUGAAACUCCCAACGGCCGUGUUCGAGGGUCCUUCCUUUGGCUACACGGAGCAUUCGGUGCGGACGUGCUUCCCUCAGCAGAAGAAGAUUAUGCUGAACACGUUUUUGGAUGUGUUAAUGGCAGAUCCCCCCCCUCAAUGCCUCGUGUGGCUACCGCUCAUGCACCGACUUGCUAAUGUUGAAAAUG